AUGGCUGAACGUACCGUCCGAUUCAGAGCGAUGGUACACGGCAAACUGGACAUGCAGACUCAGGAUGUGAAUAUUCAAGAGACUUUCCAAUGGAGCCAAGCGGGGACCCUGAACAAUCUGCUGCAUAGAACUAGAACAGUUCUUUUCAACGGUGAAGAUGCCAUCUAUAGAGACGUUACCAAAGUCAAGGAAGUCCUGCGAAACGCCCCGGGCUGUCGAAAGCCCGUAUUCGUGGAUGAUCCAAAUGUCCGGAAGCUGGUAGAGCGGUAUGACAUUUCGCGUGUCUUGAAGGAGAAGCAAGAGGUCGUUGGUAACGACAAAUUGUUCUCCGUACAGGAUCCAAGCGUGGGGAUGAGCUCGACGCCAGUCAAGGAAUUAUCUCUCCUGGACUUGAUGAACCAGUUCGACUACCCUGCGGAACCCUCUAGCGCACCUCUCAACGUCCUCGACUUUGCACCUGCAACUGAUGAGCCUACUAAGACUCUACACAAGAUGCUCAUUGGAGAGCAUACCCUUCUCCCCAAGCUUUGGGCUGCAGUAAUGCGAAAUCGCACCCCAAAGGCCAAGGCCAUGGCUGGUGGUCGUUCGCCAUGUCGAUGGGCAACCUUUGCCGAAUCUGGUGCUCUCAGCGCGCCGCAUGUGGACAUCGACGGACUGGGGACAUACAUCACCAUUGCACAAGGGGAAAUACUGUUUCUGUGGUGCGACUCCAUGAACGAUGCCGAGACUGAGCAAUGGCAAAAGCAAGACCUCCUGAAUGCACUCGAGAACCAUGAUUGGAACUGUACCGUCAUGGAAGCCGGUCAGUCCGUCGUCUUCCCCGCUGGCACGCCGCACGCCGUGAUUCGCAACCCGGGAGAUUCACCCACAUUGUCAUUCGGAGGCCACUUCCUGCAUCCCCAACAACUUCCACGAUUCGCGUCGCUGUGUAGACAACAACUCAAGAAUCCCAGCUCUGCCGCACUGAACGAGGAUCCCGAGAGCACGGUCUGGGUCUACCUCCUGUUGGCCGCGAAGCAUGUGCUUCGUGCUCGAGCAGCGGCGAGAAAAGACUGGGCCCGCAUCUUUGGAGGUAACGAGAACGUCGGGCAAUUUUUCCAAGUUCUCAAGAGCAUUGAUGCCAGGUUGGCGGAGGCGAGUAUCAAGAUAGAGAAGCCCUUCGAAUUCCGAGGGAAGAAGAGAGUUUUGAGGCGCUCGGCUCGGAAGUGA